UUUAUAAACAAAAACUUAGUUUGUUGAACUGUUGCGUAAACGGCAAGAAACAAGGCAGAUUUUAUUUUAAAGUACCGUUUGAAUUAACUAAAAAGGCUAAAAUGUUUCGGGAAGAACUGGAUCAAGAUAGUGGUUACAGCAUUGUACUUUUCCUCGUGGAGAAUGUGCGAAAUACGCCGGAACUCAGAAAGCUGGUGAUUAGUGGUGGUUUGGAGUGUUGUAUCGUAAAACCAAGUUUAAUUGUAAAUCCGUUUCAAGUGGUGGUUGCCGGAAACAAGGCAGUGAUAUCAAUGGGGCGCGGAAAAAUGAGUACGAGGAACAUAUAUACCGAAAUUUUGUAUAACUUAUCGCCAACUAAGCAGAUUUCCCAGUCGCUAAUAAAAUUUGGGAUAGAUGAUAAAGAAGAUCGUAUUCUUGUUUGUGUUUUGGAGAAAUGCGGUGAAAAGAAAGCGGAGGAAGUGUUGGAAAAAAUUCAAGGCGAUGAAUGCCCUAUAGACCAACUAAGCAAAUUUACGGAUGUAAUGCUUGUCAAGAAAACGUACAAAAUCAACGACAGUGAAUGCUAUUCAUCUAAUAUUUUAGACUCCGUUGUCAGUCGGAUUUCUACUAAGGAAAUAGUUGUAUGAUAGUUUUAUUACAAAUCAUGCUGUAGAUCUACUUAUUCUAAUACGUCAGGGAGAUUGUUUUAUAAUAUCAAAAACUUGUCGACAAUCUCAUGUUGAUUCAAUGGAUGUACAGUUUGCUGAGGAAAGAUGAAUCCAAAAAUAUAAAAAGUGAUUAAUGGACUUCUUAUGAAUUUCAACGUUUUAUGUUGAAAGCACUUUUAUGCAUGCAUGUCAGUGUUGGACUGGUGUGUGUGUGUGUGUGUGUGUGUGUGUGUGUGUAGGGGGGGGGGGUGUGAUGCAAAAUUUAUGAUGAAGGCUGAAAGUGUAGAAAAGAUUCUUCCCUAAGACAAUAUUUAAGCAGCCUGUGAUGUCACUAAUAGGCACAGAGUUGGUCAUUUGACACACAACCACUACUGGAGUUUAAAGGAUACAAUUUACAAUAUUACCAUUCAAUAAGGGCUAAUAAUGAAAAUAAUAAGAGUAUGAACUUUUUGUACAAUUUGUUUGCUGUGGCUUUACUUUGAGCAAUUUGACACUAUAGUUACACAUUGUGAUCUGGAGUUGAUUAAUGGUAAGCAGGAGAAAUUGUUCACUUACAUAAACAGUUUAGCCUGAAAUUAUAAUCAGAUGAUAAAAAUCUAAGGUUUUGCCUUCAUAUUACUAUUACUGGUUUACAUAAAUGGACAGAAUUA